AUGGAUUGGUAUCGUUCGAAGGUGCUCGAGCAGUACGUCCUCACGGAUAUCAAGACGAAGAUGGGCACUCCAGGCUACACUUCGGCAACAAGAGCGACCCCGACCACGACGGUGUUGCCGUACCUUCCCCGUGUGCGAGGCUUUUUCCGAAAAGCCGUUUGUUGCGAAGGGCGACGGCGGUGAAAAAAACUUGAACGCCAUAAGCGACAUGUUCUAGGAGAGCUUCAUGCGGUUCGGCUUGGAAUACGUUGGGCCGAUCCUCUCCACCGAGUGUGUUGAUCGUCAGGACGACGCUAAGCGCUACCUCAAGCCGUGCUUGUCCGCGGACGAGGGGGCAGGAGGUGGAGGAGGUGACCCAGGGGCGGAUGGGGGUGGAGGGUAAACUUGAGAUGGAGACGGGGAUGUUCUUCGUCUCGGAGCGAGAAAAGCGAUGGUCCUGAUGACCACGCUGGCUGCAAAGCCUUGGCGGACACCUAAACCGUGUUGACAAGGUCGAGUCGCCGGGACCUCCGCUGCAACAUGAAACAUCGUUCAAAGCCUUUUCUCGGGCCCUCAUGGCGUUCACAACGGGUCGAAGCUUGAUGGAGAAGGCGGAGAAAUAUCCCGCUAGCCAUGUCUCACAGUAUUUUAUUUUUUCAUAUGGUGCUAUGAUGUGGUUGUUGCUCUCGCUGGUGCAUGAGGGCGCCUGGCGCGGGAUGAGAGCUGGGUGUUUUCCUACUGUGUGUGCCAGGGCGUUUGGAAUCUU